GCGUGAGACUUACCUGGUCGCGGUGUUGGGUAAAUGAAUCUGUUCAGCUCUGUUCAGAUGGGCGCGUGAAGGAAAAGUGAACUUCACCAACAUUUCGAAAGCGGGUUAAGUUUGACAUUGUGCCACAGGUAACAGCGUAGAGGUUGGUGAAUACAUAAAGUCUUGAAAUUAACAGCAGAAGAUUCUUGAGCAAAAGAAAUAUAAACUAAAAAUGCCGCGAGUGUUUCUGGUUAAAAAGACGAGCACCACUUCCGGGAAAAGAAACUGGAAUGAAGUACCUGACUGUGCGCGAGGAGACAUCUACACACCAGUGUGGCUCUUCACUCAUCAUGGCCAUGAAGAGUGCGCUCACAGCCCUGCUGAGCUGCCCGUCUGUCCUUCCACCACACAAAGCAAGACCACACACACACACAAUCAAUCUCACAGCUCGACUGCCCAGCUGUCCAGCUCUGCCACGCAGGAGUCGAGCUCACACAGGCCUCCUUUCAUCUGCUCCAAAAAUAAGUUGACUGAGAUGGAAAACGAAACAUCAAAUGUCUCCCAAACCACACCAGAUUCCCUUUUCUCCUGUCCGAUAUGCCAUAAGACUUUCAGUCUUGCUCGAGUGAUGAAACGUCAUUUAAGGACUCAUAGCGACUUUAAGAGGUACUCGUGUGAAUACUGUGGGAAAGGCUUCAAUGACACUUUCGACCUCAAGAGGCACGUGCGCACCCAUACAGGUGUCCGGCCCUUUAAGUGCGACGUGUGUGAGAAGGCCUUCACUCAGCGCUGCUCCCUGGAGGCUCACCUUAAAAAGGUUCAUGGUGUGGUCCAACAGUAUGCCUACAAGGAACGCCGGGACAAGCUGUACGUGUGUGAAGAGUGUGGCCUGACCGCUCAGACACAGGACAGCCUGCGCGGUCACAUCCAAGUCAAACAUCCCAAUAGCAGAUUUGCCAAAGCUAAAUCCAAAGGCAGGAGAAGGAAGGCACAAAACAGGGGAGGCAGCGUGUCUCCUUCUUCUCCUCACUCGCUAAGUGAUGCUGAUGCUGGGGUUUGAGUAAAGCUGAAAUGACAGAUGACUUGGAAAAUGACCCACUCAUGAUAUUUCAAAUCAGGUGGAAGUGGUCAAUGGGUAUGGCUUAUAUCAGACUUUUUUUUUUUUUUUUACUGAGCAAAGCCUUUACCCAACAAUUGCACCAAAGAUUUGACACUUCCUUCCUGUUUGGAAUAAAUCUGGAUUUGUGUGUUUUACGGGGAAUUACAAUUCCGACAAUUUCUUUCUUUCGUGUUGAUUAAGAUGAUAAAACGAACAUACAUACAGGUACAAUAUUUACACUACUGAUAAGGAGACAUAUGUUAUUGUAUUAUGCAUUGUUAUCCUUCAUGUACACACAAAAGGAAAUGCCUAUCAUUUGUCGUAUUUAGUAACGUGUAUUACACACUUUUAUGCACUCUUCUGAAUGAUAUUUAUGUGCCUAUCACAGAUUAAUCAUUAUUAGACCCUUUAGGUCUCUUAUGCAUACUUAGAGCAUUCUUUUUAUACCUUAUUGAAUGGUAAACAUUUAUACUGGCAAAUAAAAUGUAAUCUUAUCAAAUCGCAAAAUGUAAACCUUAUCAUGAUUUCCCUUUAGUAGAAUUGAAGAGGAAGGACAAAAUGAGGCGUUAGAUUUCGAACUGACCCCAGAUAAGCCAUCAUGUAGAUGAACUGCUCCGAACACGUGCAUUGCUGGAAAAUUACUGUGAGAGAACAGACAACACAUGGAGGGGUCUGUAGAUCAGGACAUGGCGCCAUCUGUGGGUGUGUUUCAGCAUGUAGGUAAAGAUUACCGGCUGCAUGAACACCAUGCCACCGUGUGAAUGAGUCUACUAACUAGACCAACGUUUACUUUAUUGAAGAUAUCGUAGACAUACACAGCUCUUGUUGUGAUUUCAUUUCCAAUCGACUGCCUGAGAACAAUGCUGUGAAUCUCUUCUUUGCGUUUGGUUAGAG